AUGAAAAUAUCUAAUUCCUACUACAGAUAUCAAAAUUCUCUCCUAUUUGAGACUCCACCAGCAAGAAAUUUUAAAGAUGUUAAUAAUGAAGAUAUAGAUGAUAAUAUUUUGGAUACAACAACAACAACUAAUACAACUAACAAUUAUUUUUGUCAAGAUGAGAUCGACUGGCAAUCACCUCACAUAGCCAAAGAUGCUCAAGUCAAUAAUGAAAUUCGUAUUAGAAUAGAGGAAUUAGUGCUACUUCAAAAGAAACUAUUGGACCAGUUUCUCUUCUUGCCAGAGAACAGAAUCAAUGACAGACUUGGAGCACCUGGACCAAAAUGCAUUAAAGAAAUUGGAACUGUAGAGUUUGGAUUAUUGAUGGUAGCACACUUUUAUAAACAUCAAAAAGGUAAAGAGAUCAAUAUAUUAUUGAUUUUAUUUGAUUUUCUAUUUGUUUCGAUAAACAAAAAACCAAAUAAUUCAAUAUUAAAAAUUUUGGUUAUAAUGAAAUGUACAAUAUUUGCAGGUUACAAACAAGAUAAUAAAAUUUAUAAAACGCAACUUAUGGAUUAUUCAAAAUAUGUUCAAAUUCCUCAAAUCAACAAUGUCAAUGAUGUUGUACAAUUGUUGAUCGAUUUGAAUCCAUUGGUUAUUGCCACUGCCGUCAUUGGAUUGGUACUAUCAGUCUACCUGUUGGUCAAGAUUCGUUUGAUGCGUGGAUUGGUACUCGACGUCAAAGGAUUGCACGAGUGCACCAAGAAGGGUGUAGGCAAGCCCAUCGACGAAGCCUUCACCAUCAUCACCGAAGAGUUGGCCAAAAAGUAUCCAGGUUUCAUUAACACCAAGCCACGUUGGAUCUUGUUCAACGGUGGUGGUGCCAUGGGUCAGAUGUGUGUUCUCCACGGUUCACUCUCAGAGUACCUCAUCUUGUACGGUUCACCACUCUACUCGCAAGGUCACUCUGGUCGUUACUUGAUGGACGUCUACGAUUUCAUGAUCCAAGGUGAAACCAAGACCUACUUCCCAGGUGAAUUCAAACCAAGAGUUUUCAAGGCCGGUGAAUACUCGUUCCUCCCACAUUUCGUUGCCAAGGGAUACUGUUGCGAGAGAGAAAGUUAUAUGUUAGAGUACGGACGUGGUGUUAUCCCACUCGCACUUCCAUACUUCCUCUUUUCUUCCAUCUUUGUCACACUUGACAUUCUUCCAUGGUUAACCGCUUGUUUCACUGUAGGUACUCAAGUUACCAAGAAUCUUUUAUUCCGUAGAAAGAUUUAA